AAAAAAAGGUCGGCUCCCCUCUCUUCUCUUUUCUUCCCUUCCCUCCCCCUCUGCGCCUCCCCUGAUUUCGAGUUCACACUCCUCAUGUCUUCCUCCCCCAAAACCGACGCGACGAUGAUGUCGACGAGGUGCUUCAGCGGCGAUCGUCCCACCCUCACGGGCCUCCGCCUCCGUCGCAUCGUCUCCUUCCUCCGCCGUCACCGCCUUUACGACACCGCCCACGCGCUGGAGAGGCAGACGGGCGCUUUCUUCGACUUCGCCCACUUCCGCCGCCUGCUGCGCGACCUCCGCUGGGCCGACGCAUCCUCAUACGUGCUCGGCUUCAUCGCCGUCCGCGACUGCAGCCGCGAGGCCGACAUGCUCGUCGUCCGCAUCCUCAUCCUGCGCGUCAUGGCCGACUUCACCGCCGGCCGGACCCACGACAUUGACGCCCUCUUCCAGCGCCUCUACGCCUCCCUCCAAUCCCACCCCGACGGCCACCACCUCCGCAGGACCCUACUCUCCAUGCGCUCCGACCAAGCCAGGGCAUCCAGGCUCUAUCAUCGCGUCAAGCCCAUGGCAAUAGAAGUCAUUUUGAACAUGGCUGCCAAGUGCCCUGAGCUCAAAGCCAAGGCACAGUUACCGCGCUGCACUUGUAAUCCUGCCUACAUCUUAUCACUUGGUCCUAGGCUGCGCCGAUGCAAUGGUUCUCGAAAAAAUAAAGCUGGCCGUCUUCCAGCACAUGUCCUUGCCCAUUCCUUCAUGCAGAAGAGGCCUCUGGUCAGCCACGAGAUGAAGCAUUCAGGUGUUCCAAGUGCUCCAGCUUCGGAGGUUGUGCCGCCUACAUCACCAGGACCGGCUAAAAUUCUUUCGAUCUCACCUGCUACUAACAGAGGUAUGGAGCAUGCAAGACCCUCUGAUGCUCAAUUUCCCAAAAGUUUUGAGCAAGCUUCUGAUUCAAGAAAGUGCACAAGGAGGUUACAGACAACCAGAGAGUUUGCUGAAUCCGGAGAUGCAUCGGCGUGAGUUUUUGGCUUGGACAGAUCGAAGGGCGUGAGUUUUUGGCUUGGACAGAUCGAAGGGAAGGGCUGUGUCCCUGUCCCCGGUUCUACAGAGAAACAAUAUAUCAUGUGCCGAUGGCCUGGUUGACAACGAAUCAUGUACUCGAGUCCAUGUUUAACCUGAGGCUCGAACGCACAGGACCUGGAAGUCGAGAGAUUUUGUUUUUUUAGGAAAAAAAUCCUACUACAUGUGUUUGCAUGAACAUCCGCUACUGGCUACUUUGAUCUGGCUGGACCGCUGGAUAAACUCGCCUUUGCCUGGCUACCUAGAUUGCCGGCCAAGAAGAGAUACAUAGAUAUCCUA